UUCGAUGGAGAUGGAGAUGGGUUCGGUGGAAGAUGAGAAUGAAAACUCACCGGUAAAGCAGGUGGCUUUGACGGUGCCGACGACGGACGAUAUGAGUCUUCCUGUGCUGACCUUCCGAAUGUGGGUACUUGGGGUGGUGUCGUGCGUGUUACUGUCGUUCUUAAACCAGUUCUUCUGGUACAGGACUGAGUCCUUAACCAUAACCUCCAUAUCUGCCCAGAUAGCAGUGGUCCCACUGGGGCAUCUCAUGGCAUCCACCCUCACCGAUCGCAUUUUCUUUAAGGGUAGCCGGUGGGAGUUCACCCUCAAUCCGGGACCAUUCAAUGUGAAAGAGCAUGUGCUCAUCACCAUCUUUGCUAAUUCUGGAGCUGGCACUGUCUAUGCUACUCACAUACUUAGUGCUAUUAAGCUUUACUAUAAGAGGCAGCUCACCUUCUUCGUUUCCUUCCUACUUAUUAUCACAACCCAGGUGUUGGGGUUUGGGUGGGCAGGUAUAUUCCGGAGAUAUCUGGUGGAGCCUGCAGAGAUGUGGUGGCCGUCGAACCUCGUACAGGUCUCGUUGUUCAGGUUAUUAAUUGCAUCUCUUCUCUCACCGGAUCCCCUUCUGAGGCUCAUGUUCAGUGCCUCGGGGUUUGCACUAGACAGCUAG